AUGAAAUGCCGUUUGAAGCGGCCGAGAAUCUAUUACGCUUUUCUCAUAACGGUCGUCACGUUGUCGCUUUGUAUUCACUUUUUGGUACCACCGACCCGCAAGCCUGAGAAAAUCUUAUCGUCUUUCGAAUUCUAUAAGCUGCUAGUAGACAAAUACGGUCCAUUUAGAAUUCUUGAUGAAAUAUGUGUUGAAGAAAAUUGCUACGUUGUGAGGGAUGCACUCGCCAAUCCUCUAAUUAUGAAACCCUUUGAACGACAGUUGUUGCAAACAAAGCCACCUGGAAUUAGAGCAAUUGCAUUACUGCAAGCUCCAACAGUGAGAGUCGCAAGCAACACCGACAGUAGCAAGUGGAUGAUAGUCAGAGAUAAAGUCGUCGACGGCAGUUUGGAUUUUAUGAUGCUCGAAGCCGCAAUCAUGAGUGGAGGACUGUCUCUCGACACCAAUGCAUCUAUAAAGGUUCUGAUCGUUGGUCUAGGCAGCGGUACACUAGCAAAUUUCAUCCACUUCAGAUGGCCUUCCGCAACUUUGAUAGGCUUAGAAAGAAAAGUAGAAUUUGCAAGAUUUGUACUUGAAUGGUUUCAAAUUUAUCACGACUAUCGGCUAAAGAUUUAUGGAGUGGUUCCGUCUGAAAAAAUUGCAAAGUUGGCGAAAGAAGGUGCUACUUUCAAUGUGGUAUUUUUCAACGUGUGCUCAAUGUCUUAUCAUAGCAUACCUUGUCCCAGCAUUGAAGAUCUCUCGGAGGCUACCAUAGAACGUGUUGCCGAGAUGAUUGGCCAUACGGGUGCUUUCGUGAUCAAUUUGAUGACAAAUGGUGUGGAUGCCACUGCAGUCUAUGAGCAGCAGAAACAUCGCCUUGAGCGACACUUCAACUGCAUACUCCUGAAGUCGAAAGCGACGUAUAACAGCGUACUCUCUUGUUCAAAGAGAAUGCUGAAUAUUAACAGGACCUACGAAAUCAACAAAUUUCUACGACAAUUGACGACAAUUUCUAUGGGUUGA